CACUGCUCCCUUUACCGUUUAAUACUUUAACAAUUCCACCACCACCAUCGCAAUCUUUCUCUCUCUAAAACCCCCAUCUUUCUCUCUCUAAAAGACACCACCUCCGUGUCUCACCACCAUGACAACAGAAAACCAGCAACCCAACAUCCCACCCACCACCAAAAAAACCAUCGAACAAACCUACCAGAAAAAAACCCAACUCGAACACAUCCUCCUUCGCCCCGACACCUACAUCGGCUCCAUCGAAAAACACGAACAAACCUUAUGGGUCUGGGAAAACGACCAAAUGGUCAAAAAAACAAUCUCCUACGUCCCGGGCCUUUACAAGAUCUUCGACGAGAUACUCGUAAAUGCGGCGGAUAAUAAACAACGAGACCCCAAGAUGGACUCGGUUAAGGUGGUUAUUGAGAAUGAAACAAAUUCAAUAAGUGUGUAUAAUAAUGGGGAUGGGAUCCCGGUUGAAGUGCAUCAGGAGGAGGGGGUUUAUGUGCCGGAAAUGAUAUUCGGGCAUUUGUUGACGAGUAGUAAUUAUGAUGAUUCGGUUAAGAAGACGACUGGUGGGAGGAAUGGGUAUGGGGCGAAGCUUGCGAAUAUUUUUUCGACUGAGUUUACGAUUGAGACUGCAGAUGGGAAGCGGAAUAGGAGAUAUAAACAGGUGUUCACAAACAACAUGGGGAAGAAAUCCGAACCAGUCAUCACAAAGUGCAAGAAUGGCGAAAACUGGACGAUGGUUUCAUUCAAGCCCGAUUUAAAGAAAUUCGGGAUGGAAUGUCUUGAAGACGAUGUUGUCGCAUUGAUGAAGAAGCGUGUAGUCGACUUAGCAGGCUGCCUUGGAAAGACUGUCAAAGUUGAACUAAACGGAAAGCGGGUCCCACCCAAAACAUUCGAAGACUACGUAAAACUUUAUCUUCAACCAUCUACAGACACUUUAAGGAUUUAUGAAAAAGUUAACGAAAGAUGGGAGAUAUGUGUUAGUAUGGCAGACGGUCAUUUCGAGCAAGUCAGUUUCGUGAACAAUAUUGCAACGAUCAAGGGAGGGACACAUGUCGAUUACAUAACGAAUCAGAUUGCGAAUCACCUUGUGACGGUUGUAAAGAAGCAGAACAAGCAUGCUAAUAUCAAAGCGCACAACGUAAAGAACUACUUAUGGGUGUUUGUCAAUGCUCUUAUUGAUAAUCCCGCUUUCGAUUCGCAAACAAAAGAGACUUUGACGAUUAAACACAGUAGUUUUGGAUCCACGUGUGAACUGUCACUGGAGUUCUUGAAGAAAGUGGCGAAAUCUGAUGUGGUGAAAAGAGUUAUGUCAUGGGUACAGUUUAAACAGCAGAAUGAUCUUAAGAAAACUGAUGGUAAUAAAAGGGGGAAACUUAAUAUUCCGAAACUUGAAGAGGCUAAUUUUGCUGCGACGAGUAAUUCGGACAAAUGCACCUUGAUUUUAACAGAAGGAGAUUCUGCUAAAGCUCUUGCUAUGUCUGGAUUAUCCGUUGUGGGCCAAGAUUACUAUGGCGUCUUUCCAUUGAGAGGUAAAUUACUCAACGUGCGGGAAGCAAGUCCUAAACAGUUACAGGAAAACGCCGAAAUUCAAAACAUCAAGAAGAUUCUCGGGCUGCAGCAUGGUAAAACUUACGACAAUGUCAAGUCAUUACGAUAUGGACAUUUGAUGAUCAUGGCUGAUCAGGAUCAUGAUGGUUCACACAUCAAAGGGUUACUGAUCAACUUUCUUCACUCGUUCUGGCCAUCUUUGUUAAAAGUCCCGGAAUUUGUGCUUGAGUUCAUUACCCCGAUUGUUAAGGCUACUAAUAAGAAGACUAAGAACGUUAUAUCGUUCUAUACAAUGCCGGAGUAUGAGAACUGGAAAGAAAACCUUGGACAUAAAGCAAGAGAAUACAAAAUAAAGUACUAUAAGGGGUUGGGAACAAGUAAUGGUAAAGAAGGUGCAGAGUACUUUGCCGAUCUCGAAAAGCAUAAAAAGGAUUUCGUGUGGGCCGAUGAUGAGGAUGGUGACGCGAUAGAGCUCGCCUUUAGUAAGAAGAAGAUCGAGGCCCGUAAGAAUUGGCUCCGAGCUCUACAGGCGGGUACUUAUUUUGAUUCGAAGGAGAAGCAUAUCCCGUACCGCGACUUCAUCAACAAAGAGCUUAUUUUGUUUUCGAUGGCGGAUCUUCAAAGAUCAAUCCCGUCAAUGGUGGAUGGGUUGAAACCGGGCCAAAGAAAGAUUCUUUUCUGUGCUUUCAAGAAGCCGAUUUUUCAGGAAGUUAAAGUUGCUCAGUUUAGUGGUUAUGUGUCUGAGCACUCUGCUUAUCAUCAUGGUGAGCAGAGUCUAGUCAGCACCAUCAUUGGCAUGGCACAGAAUUUCGUCGGCAGCAAUAAUAUUAACCUUCUGUACCCGAGCGGACAGUUUGGUACCCGUCAAAUGGGUGGGAAGGACCAUGCAAGUGGCAGAUAUAUCUACACGAGGCUUUCGCCUAUUACGCGUCAUCUUUUUCACAAGGCGGAUGAGCUUCUGCUUAACUUCUUGAAUGAAGAUGGGCAAUCCAUUGAGCCCACCUGGUACAUUCCGAUCAUACCUAUGGUUCUGGUAAAUGGGAGUGAAGGAAUAGGGACUGGGUGGAGUUCGUUUGUGCCAAAUUAUAAUCCACGCGACAUUAUUGCUAAUCUAAAACGCCUAUUGAACGGUGAACCAAUGGUGCCUAUGGAUCCAUGGUAUAAAUGGUUCAAGGGAACCAUUCAGAAAACAACAUCAAAGGAUACUGGAUAUACCACUAUAGGAAAUGUAGAAGAAAAAGAGGACGAAAACGCACUCAGUAUCACUGAGCUGCCGAUAAGGAGGUGGACACAAGAAUACAAGGAGUUCUUGGAGGCUGCUUCGUUGUCAGGCAAGGACAAGGAGCCUUUUAUCGAGGAAUACAAUGCUCAUAAUGAUGAUACUACGGUGCAUUUCGAAGUUAUAAUGACAGCAAGUCAAAUGAACAAAGCAAAAGAAGAGGGGUUGCUAAAGAAGUUUAAGCUAACGACUACAUUAAGUACAAGCAAUAUGCACCUGUUUGAUGCAAAUGGUGUAAUAAAGAAGUAUGACACCCCUGAACAAAUUCUUGAGGAUUUCUUUCACCUUCGUCUUGACUUUUACGAGAAGAGGAAGGUAGCUCUACUUCACGAGCUUGGAAAAGCUUCGUUAAUCCUCGAAAACAAAGUGAGGUUCAUUCGCGAAGUUGUUGAAGGAACGAUUGUCGUAAGCAACAGAAAGAAAGCCGACUUAUGCGCUGAGCUGAAGGUCAAGGGCUUCACACCAUUACCAAAAGAAGCCGUUUUAGAAGCAUCGAUAGCAGGGGCAGUAGAUCAUGUUGAAGGAAGCGAUGAAACCGAAGAGGAGGAAGGUUCAGGUUCUCCUGCUGAUGUGGCGGCAGUGGAAGAAGAAAAGUCCCACGUGGGGACCGCCAGCAAAACAAUCCCUGGAACCGAGUAUGAUUACUUACUGUCAAUGGCGAUUGGAACAUUGACAUAUGAGAAGAUGAAGCAACUAUGGCAUGAAAGGGAUACAAAGAAGGCAGAGUUUGAUGAACUUACGAACACGCCUUCUAAGUCGUUAUGGCUGCGUGAUCUUAAUGCUCUUAGUGACCAACUUGAUGAACAAGAUAAGAGAGACGUUAAAGAUGAAGCAGAGAGAAGAAAACAACAAGAAAAGGCGAGGGCUAAGGGUCCGGGAGGUGGUAGGAAUGCUAGGAAACCUCCCCGAAAGGCGGUCGCAAAGAAAACAUCAGUUGUUAUUGAACCGAUAGAAACGUCAACUAAUUCUUCCACGGAAACAGGUAAUGUUGAUGUUCCUGCUGCUGCUGCAAAACCAAGAGGCCAAAAGAAAGCUCCUGCUAAGAAGAAAGGUAAAGCCUCUGUAAUCGAUGAAGACGACGAGGAAAUACCUUCGCUAGCGGAUCGUAUGGCCCGACAAAACUUGCAUUCCGAGCAGGAUAAUGAUGAAAUUGUUCAACUGGAAGAUCAAUUAGCAAGACACAACAUUGAAUCAUCUCCUGAUCAAUCACAAGAAGCUCCAAAAAAGAAAGCACCAGCUAAGAGAGCUGCAGCAAAAAAGAAAGCUACUGUGAUAUCUGACGAUGAAGACGAAGUUGAAAUCGACAUGAGUGACGAUUCUGACUUCGAAGCUGCAGCAGCGCCACCAGCGGAGAAAAAGAAGGGCGGUCGGAAGCCGGCAGCCGCCAAGCCGCCAGCUGCGGCAACAAAGAAGAGAGGGCCGGCUGCUGGUGGCCCCUCUAAGACAGUAAAACAAACCGAAGUUUUGAAGCCUGCAACUGAAGUGGGACCGGAGAAGAAGGUGAGGAAGAUGAGGCCAUCACCGUUUAACAAGAAAAGCGGGUCUGUGUUGGGACGGGUGAGUAAGAAAAACGACGAGGAAGAAGAUGACGAUGAGAUGGUUGUUGGAGAAUCAAGUGGUGAGGCGGCGGCGGCUGCAGUAGUAAGGCCACAAAGGGCUAACAGAAAGAAGAUGACUUAUGUGAUUAGUGAUGAAGAAGAAGAAGAUGAAGAUGUGGAUGAUGAAGUAACUGAGGAUUCUGACUUUGAUGAUGAUGAUGAGUAGGUGAUUAAUAAUGGGUGAACUUUGGUUUGUUUAAAUUGGAGUUUGUGUUUGAAAAAGUGGGAAAAUUAUGCUUGUUUUCCCCAUGAAUUGUUAAGUGUUUAGUAGGUUAAUUUUAUACAUUGAGACUUGUAUUGCAUUAUUUGUCUUCAGUAGGUAAUUAAUUAUUAA